AUGGGAUCAAACAGAUUCUAUGGUCAAGUGGAUAGCUUAGGAGCUACAGUUCCCUUCACUCAUCUGCGUGUCAUCGACCUUUCUAAUAAUAACCUAAGUGGCUGCUUAACUGUGAAAUUUUUUGAAAAUUUGCAUGCCAUUAAAGAAAGGUCUUACCCUAUCAUCGAUUUGUCAGAACUUGAAUCAUUAGAUCUCUCAUCAAACAAACUCCAUGGAAGAAUUCCGGUAGAGCUAAACAAUCUUGGAUUCUUGGAGGUGUUAAACCUUUCUCAUGAUUAUCUAGGACACAUUCCUCAAGGUAAACAAUUUGAUACUUUCACUAAUGAUUCCCACAUAUGCGGUCUGCCAUUAUCGAAAGGCAAUUGGAAAUUUUCGAUAUUGAUGGGAUAUGGAUGUGGGUUGGUGCUGGGACUGAGCAUGGGAUACAUCGUAUUCACAAUAAGAAAACCGUGUUGGUUCAUUAUGAUCUACGAGAGAGUUGGACAAAGAUUAAUUUGUAAAAAGAUAAAGAAGCGAACUCCUUAA